AUGCCUGCUUUGCAGCCAAAUCCCCGUAUCCAGGCUCUUUCAAGUAUCCAGCAACGAUCUGUGGCGUUGAUACUCAACAGAAAUGCCAAAGGAGUGAACAAGAAAGUCGAGAGCAAGCUCCAGGGCAUCGUGGGCCCCGCUCGAACCUUUGCGUGCUGCAGCGAGGAAGAUGCCGAGCACGCUUUGCGGAAGGUGAUGGAUGACUGUGAAUGCAAAGUGGUGGUCUGUGGCGGAGGUGAUGGAACCGUCACCAGUUUGUUGAAUAUGAUGGCCAAGUUGCGAGAGGAGGCCGUGUCGAACGAAAGAGAGCUCAAGAGCAGCCCCACGAUGUGCGUUCUCCGCCUGGGGACUGGCAAUGCGCUGGCAUACUUGACAGGUGCGCAGAAGAAUUACGCCAAGGACCUGAGCGACCUCGUGGAUCAUGUGGAGGAGGAAGAGGUUCCGGAAAUCCCCACCAGCACCAUUUGCUUGACGGCCGAGGGUCUUCCCUCGGACUCGCCGGACAAGAUGCAUUGCUUCUUCGCAGGGCUUGGCUAUGACGCUCGUAUGCUGCAGGACUACAUGUGGCUGCGAGACAAGACCAAGGAGAACCGCUUCCUGUCCAAGAUGCUUCAUAACCCUUUGGGCUACCUUGUUGCCUUGGCCCUGCGCACGCUACCGGCCACCAUGCGUGGUGAGCAUGUCUUUCACGUGAAGGUGACCAAUUUGGGUGAGGAUGCCUAUUCGAUGGAUCCUCGACGGGGCGACUGGGCCUUCGAAUGCAAGAAGGGGCAAGUGAUCUAUGAGGGUGAGACGGGGAUUGUGAGCGUGGGGACCGUGCCCUAUUAUGGCGGUGGCUUCCGGCUCUUCCCCUUUGCUGGAGUGCGUCCUGGCUAUGCACAUCUGCGCUUGUCUCACAUUCACCCGGCCGCGGCGACCUUCAACAUUCGGCCUCUAUGGCAAGGAACCUACAGAGACUACAAGCAUGUCCAUGACUUCUUGGUGAAAGAUGUCAUGGUUGAGGUGGAUCAGCCAACCCCGCUGCACCACAGCGGGGACUUCAUGGGCACGGCCAGCAAGGUCCGAUUUCAGGUGACCUCGGAUGGCUCCACGAGGUUGGUCGACUUCUUCGAAGAUUGA